AUGUGUAACUCUUGUCUUCUAUUAGACAUCGAUUCAAUCAAGAUGUUCAACUUUAUCAGAAACACAAACCUUCCACGGAAGGCUUAUGCUCAACUUGCUAAAUUCUGGGGCAGUCGCAUCCACGUUGAGUCCCUAUACAAGUUAUUUCGCCAUAUUUUGGAGUUAUCAAAUAUUGAGACCACAGUCUAUGACUGCUGCAUUAAUAGCUGUUGUGCAUUUACAGGGACCGAUUACAAAACUGCCGAAUUGUGCCCAUAUUGCCAUGAACCUAGAUUUGACAAGCACUGCCGGAGUCGAAACACAUUUGAAUACAUUCCUCUUACAUCUCGCAUCAAAUCCAUGUUCCUCAACUGCAGUCUGACUGAGAGAAUGACAUACCGUUCGAACUUUGAAUUCAACGCUGGCUGUUAUGACGACGUCUUCAGUGGUUCUCACUACCAACAUCUCACCUCCGAAUAUGUUGUUGUCGAUGGAGUGAGACAUCCCCAUCUUUUCUUCAGUGAUUCUCAUGACAUUGCUCUGGGUAUCUUGACUGAUUGUCAUAUCCAUCCCCAGCUAUCGACUUCCGGUCCCUCCGAUCCCUCCAGUCUACCUCCGCUCCUUCUUCACUAA